CUCGAGCACCUGAGCGCGGGGGCAUCGAGAAUGCGCCGUGUACUAAACUGAGCGUUGUUUACAUUUGUCGAAUGGGAAUAACUCUUGUGCCCUGACCUUUUGCCUCUCUUUCUAUGCGGUAGUCGGGACUGGCUGACCUGACUGGGGAGGACGAUUACCCCGCGUGCCAAGGGACGCCCCGGUCGUGGGUAUGACGCCCAAUGAGGGCCUGUUUCGCCGUAUGGAGAUAAAUGGCAUUUAAAUGCAGCUACUGUUGCACUUUUUUAGCUCACAAGAACGAUGUAAGGAGAAAACUGUUCAGCUAUCAAGCAAAGACAUCUUAGUACCAAGAUGACGACUUGUAAGGAGUUGCUUGCCGUAACUCUUCAUAGAUUUUCUUCUUGAAGUGUUUCAUUUUUAAGACAAAGAGAUACUACAGCAUUUUCGUAGCUCUCACUUCCUCAGGAAUUUGCAGUGAACUGUGUCAUUUGUAAAUACUAAUAAGUAAUAGAUAUCUAUAGCAAUUAUUUUGCUACAUUUUUUGCAUUUCAAAUGAAACUAUUAAGUUUAAGGGUAAUGAUAUUGUAACACUUAUUUGUGUAUGUAUACUGUGUGCGUGUGCAUUUCAUAAAGUCUUUAUAGCCAUUUAUCUUUUGACUUACAAUUUUAAAAAGGAACUGAUUGAAUGUAUAAUCUGUCAGAACUUUUCACGCAGUGGUGAGAUCUGUGUAAUUUUGUAAGAAAAUAAUUACAUUGUCGUGUUAGGGCUAUUACUGUUAGUUGUAGGCAAGGACAGGGAUAUGAGUGUGCAGUUUGCUUUAAGCUUAUAUAGCAGGACCUGUCAGGUGUUUACAUUUUUUCAGAAUUUUGCUAUGCAUGAAAUUAUUGUGUGUUUUCCUUACACUUGCAAAAUGUCAGACAUAUGCAAAAGUCUAUCAUUUAAACAAUAUGUUAGUAGUUGCAUACAUUGUAUGCCACUUUGGUAGAUAUGUAGAGGUUUUUCAUCAAAGUGACUAAGCUGAUAUGAUGUUCCAUGCUGACUUAAGUGGAAUUUCAACAGUUAUUCCAGGUAUACCGACCACCUCAAUUCAUGCCCACGCCUCAACCUCUAGCGAAGACAAACCCUUCAACUGCCCCGAGUGUCAUCGUGGAUUCACCCAAAAGGUUCAUUUGAAGACGCAUCUAAUGCAGCAUUCCGGAGAGAAACCAUUUGCUUGCGAAAUAUGUGGUAAAGGCUUCAUUCAGAAAGUUCACUUGAAGACUCACAUGGGUUUACACAUUGAUCAGAAAAUUCAUUCCUGUGCGCUCUGUGGAGAGGAGUUUCCGUUGAAGGAUCUUUUGACUGUGCAUGCGUUGGUCCAUGCCAUUGAGAACCCUUUUACGUGUAUUGUGUGUAAGAAAGAAUUCACUCAGAAGAUCCAUUUGGACACUCACGUGUCAGUGCACUGUAGAGAGAAACCUUUUGUGUGUACCCAGUGUGGGAAAGCAUUCAUACAAAAAGGACACCUCAAGACUCACAUGAUGGUGCACACGGGCGAGAAACCGUUUGGCUGUACUCAGUGUGGCAAAGGUUUUACCCAGAAGGUUCACCUUCAGACACACUUGGCAGUUCAUUCAGGUCUAAAACAGUUCAAAUGCAGUGUUUGUGAUAAGGAGUUCACCCAGAGAGGGAAUUUGGAUCGGCAUCUCAGAAUUCAUUCAGGGAUUAGACCUUUUAAGUGUGCAGUUUGUGGAGUAUCCUUUACUCAGAAAGCUAACUUGAAGUCCCACAUGGUUGUUCACGCAUUAAAGAAAAAAAACUCCAAUGAUACCGGGAACACAAAUGAUGUUCCCGAGGUAUAUAUUGCACAUGAUUCUGUUUUGUUGCCAUCAGAAAUUAAACUCUACAGGUGUAAUGUCUGCAGUAAAGAUUUUACUCGUAAUGGUAACUUGAAAACACACAUGUCUGUACACUCUGGAGACAGGCCUUACCAGUGUAGCAUUUGUCAGAAGAGAUUUACCCAGAAUGUUCAUUUAAAGAAGCACAUGGGUGUUCAUGCCGGGCCGACAGGUGAUGGCGGCUAUUUGUCCAGCGCACAAGUGGCUGAAUGCGUGUCCGGUCAUUUCAGUGACGGAGGUUCUUUAAACAGGAGUUCUCCAGAGUACAAUAAAUCCUCUCCUUAUUACGUCAAAGAGGAGCCACGUCCCGGGAUCAAAAAUGAAUCGGAUGAUUUAGGGGUUCAUGGUGAAAUGGAUGACCGACGCCCUGCUCGAUCUGGAAAGCAGGUAACCAACAGUUCCAUUGGUGUUAAUACUCAGGUAGGUGACCAAAUUGUUGGAAGCACCUUGCCUGUAAGGAGUCAAGCAAAUGAUCAUAUUGGAGCUAACAGUAUGGUUGAUAGAUCACUAGCAAAUGACCAUGUACCUACCUCUGUGGCUGUUAGAUCACAAGCAGGUGAGCCUGUUAAUUCAAUGGCAGCCAGAACUCAGACUAAUCAUUUACUCCCUCAUGCCUCCUUAAAUGCCCGCUCCCAAGCAAAUGACCUAAGAGCCCAGGCUACUGGAUACUUGGCAACUGUUAACUCUCUAGCUUCCCGAAACCACGGCACUGAAUUGCUCGCAGCCAAUAUAAUGGGCGUUAGGAACCCCGCCAACGGGCAGGUAGCGAUGAAUGCUGUAGGCCUCAGAGAUAUAUCCCUCGAAAAUCCCAUGAAUCGAAACCAGCUUGAUCCAGUGAAUGCCCUUACUGCUGACAAGGUAAAUAGUUCAAAAGAAAUCACUGCCCAUAAUAAGAAAUUACUGAUUAAUAGUUAUGUCUCCCCAUUUCCUGCGUAUCAUUAUCACAACCCAAUUGUCUUGGCUGCAAGAGAGGAGGUUAACAAGUACGAUGAAAGUAAUGUAGAUAUAUUAGGGUAGAGAUUUCUUCAAAAUGUUCUAGAGCAUCAAAAUAAGAAGUAUUGGAAUUCAAAACCACAUUUAUGUUGGUCUUGUACCCUCCUGUAUAAGAUAAAAAAGUACAGUAGUUUAGUAUUGUCUCAUGGUUACCCUUGUGUAAGUCAGUACGUACUGUACUACCCGAGACAGAGACAUCUGCCGUGUGUCACAUUUUUUUCUGUUCUUGUGCUACUUUGGAGUCUUUUACGAGGUGUGGCAAUCAUGACAUCAUGAAAUUAUAUCCUGGAAGUCAGAAGAGAACACAGAAAACUUGUGAUGUAGAACUUGUGCUUGAAUUGCAACACAAUUAUCCUCAAGAUGCACUCAAGCAAGGUACAGCAAGUGAACGUUAAUAACACCAAAUUUGGAGACAAUAUAGUUAAGUGAUCUAAGUGAUAUUUGCGCUCGCCUACAUAGGAUAAAAUUUGAAACUAUCCAGGAUAGGUGGCCAGCAUCACAAGAGAACAUUUCAGUUCUCAUUUAGUAUAAUGCAUGUGUUUCUUGUAGUGAAAAAAAAGCUAUGGAACUAAGACUUGUAUGUAAUAUAUUGCCAUUAUUGCAGUUAUCAUGCUAUGUGUUUGAUUUUAUACAUUUAAUUUUUUCUAUGUGAAAAUGAAAAAAUUUUCUGUGUACUUUUCAAGAUAAAUACCGAAUUCAGGGUAGAGGGACACGACUUCUUCCUAAGUGCAUUCAUUGCUGCUCUAUGAUCCUCAGUUUUUCAACGUUAUGUCUGUCGGACAUUUUAUCAUGAUUUUCCAUUAUAUCAGGGGGACUGGAUGACCCAGUCAAACUACCUUCUCCAUAGAUCUUGCCAAGGUGUGCAUGCCCAUAGCAUGUUCAUUUAAAAGGGGAUAAAAACAACCAUUGAGUCCUGCUGAGGCACACCCUGUUCAUUCAAAAUACAUGAAAGCACUUUGGCAGAAGACUUAUUUUUGCUUUGAAGCUGGUGGGUGUCUGUCAUGUAAUUCAUCACUUGGUUGAAGUGACCACAAUGCAUAAAUUUGUCAAUUUGUAAGUAUUGCCGUAGGAAUUUUAUUCAUUUGAAUUUGAAAUUUGCACAAAUGUAUAUUGUUUCCCAUAUUUUUGUAUGAAUUGUAUAUUUGUUGUGUUUUAAUUUGAAAUUGUUUUUUUUUUUUUUUUUUUAAUUUCAGUGAAAAGUUCAUGUAGUACCAUGUGAAUUCAUUUUAAAAGUAGGCUUGUGUAAAAAUGCCCACACUGUAUUAUUUUAGAUGCAAAGAGGAUAUGCACAAUUCAAGUGAUUGUUCAUUGUAAUUUGCAAGGUUAAUUAAGUUGUUCUAGUACCAGAGAGGAAGAGGGUUGUAUGCAGCAUCCAAUUAUUUUGUGCAAAGGUAAUUAUUCCUUACCCUCAGCAUUUUCUUCGUGUUAUCAGUCAUUAUGGAAAACAAUUUUAUUUCAAAUAUACAGACUUUUGAGAAGCUAGUUCCUUGGCCUAUAAGUUUCUAGUUGUAGAUAUUAAGGUAACUUGUAAAUAAGUUGUGUGUAGUCUCAUAGUCUAUUUUUAAAUACCGAAUGUCACAGAGCAAGCUCAGCAGGCUGGGAAGUGUUCGUACUUGGUUGAAAAAUUAUGCUGUUGUGAAAAUUUGCUUUGUGUUGAAUGCAACUUUAGUUGCUGGUACGAAACUGUAAUACAGUAAUUACAUCUCUUCCCAUGAACAGGCUAUACCUUGCAAGGUACAAGAAAACCCUGAUCAUUUUUUGCCAUGUAAGGUAAGGAAGCUUUCGAACUCCCAUGAUAGUUUGUAUUUAGGGAGCUGAUUGCACUGGAGAUCACAGUCCUGUCCUCUACUGCAAUGUACUCUUCUGUCCCUUUGCCAUAUAUAUAUAUACAUAUACUAAAUGUACAAAUGGUACGUUCUUGUUCCCAGAUGAGAGGUUUUUACAUUUUCUGUUUUGUAUAUUUGUUUUGUGGAAGCAUCCAGACAAGUGGUUUAGUCUCACAGCAUGAUCUUGCAAAAUCUGUUGGAAUAAACUAUAUUUGUUAUAAGAAACUAAUCUUGAAUGGAAGAAGUGUCAGCAUCACCUUCAUUUGUAGUUGAAGUUUGUUACUUACUGCUAUUGGUAUUUGCCUGUCUUCACAUUUGUUAGUACCAGUUAAUUAGGUAUGUGUACUAUCUUGUUUUAAUAAGAAUACAGUGUUUUUUCAUCUAUUUUUGGCCAGACUUAACAAUCAAAAUUAGUGUGCUCACACUAUCUAAAAAAACAUUUUAUUUAUAUAUGUAAUAUGCUGCAUCAAAAGAGUUGACCAUCCAUGAUGUUUCAUUUGGUAAAAAGAAUUUUAGCAACCACAUUAAGUUGCUUAAUUGAAUUAAAGAUUAUGGUAUGCUGUGGCACUACUAUGCUAUACUUCAGUGUUGAAUUUAUUGCUGAACUACUGUCUUUAAUCCAUAUUUGCACUUCCUUCACAUACCCCUCCACAGGUAAUGGUUAGUAACGAUGGUUCUUGAAACAAAAACAAAGAAUUUUAUUUACAACAUUUUAGUUGUAAGCAAUAUUUUUUCACGUAGACCUUAUUCCCAUUUUUUGGAACUUUGUGCUGGAUACUGCACAUCUUGUUAUGUUAGUCAAACUUAUCUCUUGGAUGCAGACAGACGCACACCUUUCUUACAUUUUGUACAGCCAAAAGUAGUAAGAGAAGACAUUCAAAAUGAGUCAAAAGUUAAGGUUGAAAUCUCUUCAAGUGUAUUGUAUAUUUACAAAUGCAAGUAAAAAUGUCAAGUUAAAAAUAUUCAUGGGGGUCAAGGAUUUCAAAUGAAUGAUAAAUAUUAGUGUUAUAAAAUGCUUAACAGCCGCUGAAAAUUAAUCUAGCUUGACCUACUUUUUUAAUAGUUUUUCUGGCAUACAAGGAUUUAUUGUUAAUUGCAGUUGUGGUACCAUCAGAUGUUUCUGUAUUCUUUGAAAUAUAGUGUCCUUUUAAAUUCUCCUUUCAAAUUUCACCUGUUCAUGGAUCCUUGUUUAAUACAUGCAAGUGCAGAAUCCAAAACAAGGAAAAUUUAAGCAAAAUCAGCAAGGUUCAUGAGUGAAGAAACAAUGUAAAGUUCCUGCCCAUAUCAACUUUACACAAACCAGAUACUUAUAACUCUACCAAAAAGUGUGGGCAGCAAUUAGUACAUAGAAGUUCUAAGGAGGUACUUUAUGUCAAAGCCUCUAAAACAAAGUUUGAGCAUAAAAUUUUUUUUUAUACUAUCCUAGAAGAGGAUGCAUAUAGACUAUGCACGCUGCCCUCAAUUAGUACCUUAUCCUGCACUUCUUCCUCUGCAUCUGACUUAACUGUCUCCAUUGUCUUGACAUUACCAUUUAAAUAUGCAAUUAGAUAGCUAAUGAAUAGAAAGAGGAAGCGAUCUAUUCGCUGAAAUACUGUAUGGUUGACAAUCAGGGUUACAGCCUGUCUGCAGUACAUCCUCCUAGAUAACAUGCAAAGCUAAAUUUCUUUACUUGGCAGCUUGGUGCAUCGGAAUCUUGCAAGUUAAUCAUUAAAAAUUGUUUACAGUGGAUGUUUUAGAAUGGUAUUUAGCCAGACACGUUGGCUUAUUUCCAAUCAGCAGGUUUUUAUUCAUAUGUGCAUCAAUAAACUAAAUUAUAAACAUUAUUAUUAUUGCAAAGCACAAACUGUAAUUGUAUAUUAAGUAUGAAAGUACUUAACACUCUCUCUCUCUCUCUCUCUCUCUCUCUCUCUCUCUCUCUCUCUCUCUCUCUCUCUCUCUCUCUCUCUCUCUCUCU